AUGGGAAACUCUUUAGAAGGAUCUCUUUUAAUUUAUUACAACUUUCAGAAACAAUUAUCGCAACAAGAAUGCCUUGCUGAGUUACUGUUUGUUUUCCGCAACGGAGCGCCACAUCAGUCGACAAUUUCCCGUUGGUAUGGAGAAUUCAGACGUGGACGGGUGAGUCUUGGUGACGAUUCCAGGGUGGGUGCACCACAAACGGCAGUCACCCAGGAAAACGUCGAUGCUGUGCGCAAACUCACCAUUGAAGAUAGACAUGUGACAUAUCGCGAGAUUGAGGCGUCCUUGAAGAUCUCAAAGACCUCAAUUCAAAAAAUUUUACAUGAAGAAUUAGGACAGAAAACAGCCAGGGUUAAUUGGUGUCAAAAAACGCUUGACCGUUUCAAUUCCGGAAACUCAAAAAAGGUGUACAGCAUUGUUAGUGGUGAUGAAUCGUGGAUUCACUGUUAUGUACCAGAAAAUAAACGACAGUCGGCUGUUUGGCCAACAAAAGUCAUCCGUUCUCGAAGUGUUUCGAAAAAGAUGGUCGCGACAUUUGUGUCAAAAGCGGGUCAUAUUGCAACAAUUCCUCUUAAUGAGCAAAGAACUGUUACUGUGGAUUGGUAUACCACCAUUUACAAUGCAAGCUCGCACACAGCCCAAAAAACAAGGCAGUAUUUAUCGGAAGAAAACGUGGAAUUAUUGGACCAUCCUCCAUAUAGUCCCGAUCUAAGUCCUAACGAUUUCUUUACUUUCCCGAAAAUUAAAAUCAGACUGCGUGGUCACAGGUUCCAGUCACCAGAAGAAUCAGUUGACGCAUUCAAAAACGCCGUUUUGGAUCUGCCAGCAAACGAGUGGAAUAAGUGCUUCGAAAAUUGGUUCGAGCGCUUGCAGAUGUGUAUUAAUCUUCGUGGAGAAUACUUCGAAAAACAAUAA